AUGUCAGUUUUCUUACGUGGCAUGCAGCCACAGAAUGGCUUUACCGCCAAAACGAUACGAUUUGUUGAGCAUUGCAAAGGGCUGCAAGUUGGAUGGACACAUAAUAAACUUAGAAGUCAAGGCGUUGAAGAAUUUGUAGAGGAGUAUUUGCCGUGGAUAAGAAAAAAUAAUCCACAUAUUGAAAUAAGAUUAUAUCGAACUCAUGUUAAUUGCGACCCAUUUGUAAUUGGAGUAUAUGAACACUGUCGCGUGAGAAAACGACGAUGUGAUUGGAAGACCAAGCAUCAAGUGUUAUCAUUUGUAGAAGAAAUGGCCCUCGGUGGAGACUACGUUAAAGGCCGGAAGCGAGGAGUGAAAACGAUCCUACCACGUGGCUUACAACUGUGGAGUACGGAAACAAUUGGGCAUGAUGUAUUUAAAGUUUAUAGUAAAUGGAAAGGAGAUGCUGUGGAUCCCAUGGAAAUAACCAGUGCUUCUCAUCCAUAUUUUAUACAUAGGAAGCAUGCUUAG